GCACGGCCCUGGCUGGGAUUGGGUAGAAUAGCCAGAGGGUUUUUACAGGAAUCAUGUUUGCAGCUCAGGUGAAACUCUUAGUGAAGUUUCCGAGGUGAAUUUGACACAGUUUUGAGAUCAGAUUGAAACAGGGCUAAUGAGAGAAACAGAGGGAUGUAAUCGCGAAGGGAGGGGAGGAGAGGACAGAAGAAUGACGGAUGAGCCACAGUAGUUGGUUGGCUGCUGAACGGACACAGGGGACCGUGGUGUUACUUAAAACGAGAGUCGCAAGUAACCACGGGCAAAGUUAAGAAGAGAAGAAAGGGAGGAGAAGGAUGCGUGAAGAUUAGAUAGAGAUGGGAGGCUCUCAACAGACCAAAAAACAGUCUCCUGGAAGAACCGGUGGUGGGCGACUGACGCCACACACGCCGCGGCACACACAUGCACACGGUCGUUCAGGGCAGACCCGACACACGCCGCGAUCCAGUCUUACACGCACGGGAGCGACCCGCAAACAGGCCGCACAUUCCUCCCAGACGCACACGCAUGCUCACCGCUCGCCGUCGGCUCAAGGCAGUCUCGCUCGGGCCGGGAACGGACACGGACACCCGCACGCACAUUUGCAGGCUCAUGCAGACCAGGGCGGCUGUGGUCUCUUCUGCUACCUGUGUUACAUUGGCUACUGCCUCUGUUUGAUGCUUCUCUCCUGUUUUCUCCUUCUUCUUCUCUCCCCACCUACGUCUCGCACGCCUCCUCCUCCUGCACCUCUGCCCCCUUCUCCUUCUGACGACACCAUUUUUUCCUCUCUGGCUGUUUCGGUCUGCCCCCAUCCUUUCCUGAACCUCUCGUUCUCCUCUAUGUCUCCAUUAUCUCCUCUCCUGUCUUCGUCCGACUCCCUGACUCUCCUUCACCCGGAUUCCAAAUUCUUUCCUUUCAACCUGUCGUCUCCUCUUCCUCUAUGCCCAUCUGUGUCCCCUGCUCCUCCUCUGACCCCUUCCAAAUCCUCCUCGGAUGCUUCUCCUCGUCCCCGCCCUUUUCUUCUUGUCCCACCUUCUCUCCUCCUCCUUCCUCGCCCCUCGCUCUGUCGAUCCCGCCCUUCUUCGUCUCGCUCCUUGCCCUCCCUUCUGCUCUGCCCACACAGUUUGUCUGACCAUGCCCUCUCCUCGGACGAAACUUUGGAUAACAUCCCGUCAACAGGGGCGACGCCUCGGCCCCGCACAUUGCUGCGUCAGCAGAGCCUCCAGCAACCAUUGAUCCAGGCUCCGGCGCCAAGUUUGGCCAGUAGGCCACCCAUUUCCCAGAGUCUGGGUCAGUUGCACACCCAGCCAGGUUGCGGAGGGACGGAGCCUGGGGGAGGAGGCGGGGCUAGCUCAAGGAACUCCAGGGGCGGACAGACAGGGGGCGGAGCAUCAUGCUAUAAGUCGGGAGUUGCCGGGGGGCGGGCCUCCCUUGGGAACGCUGGCAGCGUGGAUCACAUGAUGGGUCAGAUAAAGAGACGAGGCCUGGAUGUUAAAUCCUUCGUGGAAGGAAAAAUGGUGGUUCUCUCUCUCGCGAUCGGUUUGGCCGAGCAGGACGACUUUGCCCAUCUGCCAGACCUACAGGAAGAACCGGCCGGUCAAGAAACCCCCCCUGAAAAGAGUAGGAACAUGGGGAAUAAGCCAGCUAACAGUCCUAAGGGUCAGCCGCCAGAUGCCGACGGCCAUUCCUCAGUGUCUGACCUUGCCAACUCGCUCACUGGAGACAUGGUGAUGUUGUCUCCGGGGUCGGAAGACGAUGAUCACGAAGGUCCAGUGAGCGAGAAACUGGGCAGGAUUCAGUUCAGCUUGGGCUACAGCUUCCAAGACACGACUCUGACGGUGAAGAUACUCAAAGGUCAAGACCUGCCCGCUAAAGACUUCUCUGGGACGUCCGACCCCUUCGUCAAGAUCUACCUACUUCCCGACAGAAAGCACAAACUAGAGACCAAAAUCAAGAGGAAAAAUCUCAACCCUCACUGGAACGAAACCUUUCUGUUUGAAGGAUUCCCGUACGAGAAGGUACGGGAGAGAACGCUGUAUCUCCAGGUGCUGGAUUACGAUCGAUUCAGUCGUAACGAUCCGAUCGGAGAAGUCUCGAUUCCUCUGAAUAAAGUGGAGCUCGGACAGCUGAAGACGUUCUGGAAGGAUCUCAAACCCUGCAGUGACGGCAGCGGAAGUCGUGGAGAUCUUCUGUUGUCUCUCUGUUAUAACCCCACUGCCAACACCAUCACUGUUAACAUCAUAAAAGCUCGCAACCUCAAAGCCAUGGACAUCGGGGGCACCUCAGACCCCUAUGUAAAAGUAUGGCUAAUGCACAAAGACAAGCGAGUGGAGAAGAAGAAGACAGUGACCAUCAAACGCUGCCUGAACCCCGUUUUUAACGAAUCCUUCCCUUUUGAUGUGCCCGCACAUGUUCUCCGAGAGACGACCAUCAUCAUCACCGUCAUGGAUAAGGAUCGUCUGAGCCGCAACGAUGUCAUUGGAAAGAUCUACUUGUCAUGGAAGAGCGGUCCUGCUGAGGUCAAACACUGGAAGGACAUGUUGAGCCGGCCGCGCACAAACGUGGCGCAGUGGCACGCCCUCAAAGCUUGAUUCGCCCUCUCCAUUUCCAAUUUCUGCCCCCCGAACCCCAUUUGACAUUUGACCCCGAAACCCCGUCCUUAUGCACAAGACAAACUUGCUGCCAGGCGGCACAACACGGGUACUUUUAGCCAUCCACUCAAGUAACCUUUAACCUUUGAGCGUCUCUCUCCUCCACUUUGGGCUUUACUCUGGUAACGUAGUACAAAACCUGCUUGUUCACUAAUCACGCCAACGGUUCUUUUGCGCACUAGCAUCCGCUCUGGACUCUGGGAUAGUCGAGGAAUCCAACAAAGCCAUUUAAAGAUGCUCUGAAAGCGUUCGAGCUGCAACUACACGUUACCAGGAUGUUGUUUCCUUCCUGUUUAGAUUUGUCUCUAGUGUUCCUCAGGCUGGAGAGGUCCGACAUCUUUGGGAUGUGUGAAGGCUUCACCUCGGCCCAAACCCUCGUCUCAUUCCACCAACCCUGCGUCUAGACCCAGAGGCUCAUGGGAGCUCAUUUGGCAGCCUUUAAAUUGGCCACUGCUGAAACAGAUCGAGUCGCAGGAACUCUGGGAGAUGUAUUUUUCCAGGUCUCAGACGUCCCAUGUGAGUCCAACAGCCCCGGAGGGCCGCGGUAAUUAAAGCCAUGAGGGGAAACGAGACGCCCUCUUUCCAUUAGCAGCCUCUCGUUUCUUUCAGUCUCCAUUUAUAGUUGUUUUUCUCAAAAUCCCUGACCUCUCCAAGCCUUUUUCCAUAUCUAUCCCACUUGACCUGAUUUUUCUGUACCUUCGUUCCUUCUCUCUUUCCGAUUGGUUCAGCUGAAACCUGUAGACAUUGAAAACCUUACGCCAUCUGGAGAUUUACAGACAGCAAAUGGACUUCAUCCUCGUCCUUUUUGCUUUUUUCUCUCUGUGGUUUCUCUUUAUUGCUGGCACAAUAGUAGUGAAGUCCCUGUUUUUCUCGGGAUCCCUUGUCGUCCGUGUGCUGUGAGUGAUGUGUCGUAGACCCAACCGAAAUAUCGUUAAAAAACAUUAAACACCAGGGCGGAAAAUAAAACUACUUUCUCAAAGAAGCGUUCCAGGUUUUCUGGGACUUUUGGAUGGAAUCCUGAUGGAAGGGGAAAAAAACACUUGAUGUCAUCUUUUUUCAUCAACUGACCUUUAAAGAAACCAAUCAGAAUUGUUCUUUCCAGAUUUGCUGUGAAAUAUAGAAGAAAAGUUGAUUUAGCGUCGCGUGCGCCGGAUAGUUCUCGCCACACUUUGCUCUAGUGACAUGUUUCUUUGUGCAUGUGUGUGUGUGUGUGUGUGUGUGUGUGCUGAUAGGGGCUCAUCCUUUACAGAAACCCUCCAGUUAAUGGGAAAAACCUGUCUUUACCCGCGUAGGUGUGCGUAUGAGACUGUUUCAGGAGGUAGAUGGGGAUGAAUCUCACCUAAACAUGACCUGGUCACAUUUUACCCCCAAAAUCAAAAGAAAAGAAUACUAAAUGAUAAUUUGAAUAAAGAAAAUGGAGACUGAUUUUAAGCACAAUUUUAAAAAAUUCAUGAAAAACACAUUUACCCCACAAAUGCUCAUUACCAUAAAUAACUAAUAAUUUAUAUAAAAUUUAAACAAGUAUCAAAUAAAGCUGUAC